AUGGGCGGCGAGGCGAAGUACGAGAUACACCAAAACGCUUAUAUUAAGCUGGUCCUACACGCCUUAAAACACCAGACAUCUGCCGUCAACGGCGUCCUCCUCGGUCGUCUCUCCGCCGGCAACGAUGACACCGUCGAAAUCGUCGAAUCCGUCCCGCUUUUCCAUUCCCAGAUCGGUCUCUUACCUCCGCUCGAAAUUGCACUCAUCAUGAUAGAGGAGUAUUAUAGUGAUAAAGGGUUGAGCAUUGUGGGUUAUUUUCACGCUAAUGAAAGGUUUGAUGAUUUUGAGCUGGGCACUGUGGCUAAGAAUAUUGGUGAUCAAAUUAGCAAGUAUUUUCCUGUAGCUGCUUUGCUCUUGUUGGAUAACAAAAAGCUUGAAGCCUUAUCAAAAGGGAAGGAUAGGAGUCCAGUGAUGCAGCUAUACACUAAGGACGCAUCCAGGAAUUAUAUUGCAUCGGAGAAGUGGAAGGAUAUCACCGAUUUUGAUGACCACCUUGACGACAUUAGCAAGGACUGGCUAAAUCCAGAACUAUUCAAGUGA